AUGGAACUGGUGAUGAUGAUGGAUUUAGUGAAUAUGUUGGUGAUAUGUAUAUUGGUGAUCAUCUGUAGUGGACACUGUAUGUACAGCAAUAAGGAACUUGAAGGUUAUCCGGCUGGCUUUAUGUCGGAUUGCCCCGGUUUAGAUAAGGAAGCUAUCAUCACGAAGAGGACUUUAAAGAACUUAUCACUGACGAUAGUUGACACGAGCAAUCCUAUGAAAGAAAUACGAAGGAAAUAUAAUUACUAUCAAAUGAAGGAGCUGGCGAAAGAUCCGUUGUUCGACUUUAACAAACGUACUAUGCUUUACAUCGGAGGUUUUCUAGACAGUCCUAACUUUCCAAUACCAGGAAGAGUAGCAAAAGUCUACAAUAAUAUAGGAUAUAACGUCUUGUUAUUAGACACCGGGUAUUUUACGACAUAUGAAUAUCCACGAGCAUCACGUCUAGUUCGCCCCGUCGGUGUACACGGAGCGAAGAUGUUAUUCGAACUCACAAAAGAAGGUCUAGAUCCAAAGAAAUUAGAUGUAGUUGGACUCAGUCUUGGAGUUCACACGGCCAGCUUCAUAGCCAAAAACUUUAGACUAAAAACUGGAAUGAAUAUAUCAAGAAUAACUGCGUUGGAUCCUUCAGGACCUUGCUUUAGAAAUCUAGGCCCAGAAGAAAGAAUCGACAAAUCUGAUGCCGAUUUCGUUGAGCUGAUUGCCACUAAUAUAGAUGGCUAUGGAAUGGCAGCACCUGUAGGUCAUGUGAAUUAUUAUGUUAACGGCGGAGAGUUUCAGCCUGGAGAAAUAGUUUGGUUCUUAUGUAUGUCCCUGUGUAGUCAUGUACGAUCUUACAUGGUGUGGCUGUCAGCUCUGCAGAACCCCAAUUCAUUUAUCGCCAUGCAGUGUGACUCUGUACAGCAAGCAAGAUUCAAGAAAUGUCGGGAUAGGAAACCUAUGGUGACUAAUUUGAUGGGAUUAAAGGUGGAUAAGAAAAAGGAAGGCAUAUUUUAUCUAGCCACUUCCGCUAAAUAUCCUUAUUAUUUAAGUGAGAGAGGCUUGAAACAAAACUCUGAUUUUUUUAAGUCAUUAGCAGCGUCAUUUAACAAAGAAAAACUUGUUAAAGUUAGAUGA